AUGAACGUCGGCGGAGGAGGUUUGGGCGGCCCUCAGGGCGCGGGCGUCGACGACGGAAGCAGCCAAGUCGAUCCGGUCACCUACAUUUGCGGCGAGUGCGGAUGCGACGUGAUGCUUCAGCCCAACGCAGCUGUCCGGUGUAGAAGUUGCGGCUCCAGGAUUCUGUACAAAAAACGAUCGCGAAAGAUGAUGCAAUAUGAAGCGCGAUGA